UUGGUCGAUUUAAGGUCUCCUCGAUUUCAUUUACAGUAGGAAAAGGGUGUUAUUUUGUUUUGUUCCAAAGAAAAAAAUCUGUAAGUAUAUUUAUAGUUAUUCAUCAAAUCUUACAUUAUAUUUAUAAUAUUAUUCUCCUUAAUACUUUUCUCUUCAAUCUAGUUUAAUUGUCCUUAAAUAUAAAAACCCUCCAACCAUUUUGAAAUGGAAGCCGCCAAGUAAAUAGAUGUUUAGUAGAAUUUGUUGUUGACGAAAAACAGAUUCACCUAAUCAAUUAUAUUAUUGAUGGAAACACGAUUCAAUUCUUUUUAUAUUUCUUAAAAACAGGAAUGAAAUAUGAAAAAGAUGACCUAGAUAUUAAAUGUGCAUAAGAAAAAUUAAAAGAUUUUAUUUAGUAGCACAAUUAUUUUCGUUUAAAAAACAGCAGUCAGUAGCAGCAAUAAAGAAAACAGCGUUUAGGGAAGACUAGUUAACUUUUUAAUAGAAUAGAAUUAUUCUUAAAUGGAGCAGCCAACAAAAAAACGUAGACGUGGUCCGUAUGGCAAAGACAAAUUUGUUCAUUACUCGGUUGACUGUUCAGUUAAAGAACUAAAACCAGCUGAAUCACAGGCAAACUGUAAUGCCGAGACUUUAAAGGUUUUUCAGUCACCUGAAAUAGAGGUUUUUGAGACUUCUUAUGCGGCAGUUUUUGAGAACCAUGUUACAGAUGUUGAGUCAAGGGCGGAAGAUAAGAGCACAACAACAGAAACAGAUGAAUGUAAUUCCUCAGACAUAGAGAAUAUUUAUGACUGUAAUUCCCCAAAUAUAGAAAAUAAAGAAAACUGUGAUUCACCAAAUAAAGAAAAUACAGAUGACUGUGGUAAUUCACAAAAUUUGGAUGACUGUAACUCAAAAAAUUUAGAAAAUAUAAAUGUCAAUGAUUCACAAAAUGUUUACAUGAACUCGAUAAGAAAUGAUGAUCUUGAUACUAGCUUUCAAGCGGGCCCUACUUUUCCUAUUUUUCCUACUUUUCCCUACUUUUUUGUUUGAACCCUACUUUUCCCUACUUUUUUCUUGAAAUGCCCUACUAUCCCUACUUUUUUAAGAAAAAAAGCUCGAGGAUCAUUGACAAAAAAUCCAGUUUAAGUAGUAGAUUGAUUUUGAGAUAAUCUUUAUCUCAAAUUAAAUAAGAAUCAGAUGCUAGUUUAAUUGUAGGAAAAAGUUGAUGAAAGUAGGUCAUCAGUGGUGCAAGAGGGGUUCCAUGAUGAGGAUGGUUGGAGCUGACUUGGCAGAAUCAGCAACUUUAGGUGAGUUUGCUUCUAUAGAAAUAUUACUAGGUGUUCAAUUAUUUUUUAUGUUUCAUUCAAAAUUAUAAUAUGUUUUUGUACACAGACUAGCUUCUCAAUGUUUCAUUUCAAAAUUAUAAUAUGUUUUUGUACACAGACUAGCUUCUCAAUUGUUUCAUUUCGAAAUUAUAAUAAGUUUUUGUACACAGACUAGCUUCUCAAUGUUUCAUUUCAGAAUUAUAAUAAGUUUUUGUACACAGACUAGCUUCUCAAUUGUUUCAUUUCAAAAUUAUAAUAUGUUUUGGAACACAGACUAGCUUCUCAAUUGUUUCAUUUCAAAAUUAUAAUAUGUUUUUGAACACAGACUAGCUUCUCAAUUGUUUCAUUUCGAAAUUAUAAUAAGUUUUUGUACAAGGACUAGCUUCUCAAUGUUUCAUUUCAAAAUUAUAAUAAGUUUUUGUACACAGACUAGCUUCUCAAUUGUUUCAUUUCAAAAUUAUAAUAUGUUUUUGAACGCAGACUAGCUUCUCAAUUGUUUCAUUUCAAAAUUAUAAUAUGUUUUGUACACAGACUAGCUUCUCAAUUGUUUUAUUUCAAAAUUAUAAUAUGUUUUGGUACACAGACUAGCUUCUCAAUUGUCUCAUUUCAAAAUUAUAAUAUGUUUUUGUACAUGUUUUUGUACACAGACUAGCUUCUUAAUUGUUUCCCAAUGAUGCUUAUACUGUCAGAGGACAAUACUUGCCAACAUCUUUGAGCAUUAUAUAGAUUUUAGGCAAUGUUUGGCAUAUUGGCAAGUAUUGAACUUGCUCACUGUGAUCAUUUUGUCCUAAAUUUUCAUUGAAUCAAAGAAACUGGAAAAAUGUAGUGAAUGUUUCUGAAAAAUAUGUAUGCUUUAAUUAGAUAGAUUUUGAUAGCUUUAAUAUGGUGUGGGAUUAGGAAUCUUGAUGUUAUAACAGAUAAUUUGUGUGUUUAGGCUUUCAGUGUGCCAAUUAUUGGUUAUAUAACCAUUAAAGAUGUGAGAGAUUGUUGUUGCAUCCAAAGUUUACAUAACAGGCUUUUUGCUCUCUAUCAUUAAAUAUAUAUUUUUUUUAUAUAUUAUGGCAUAAAUACUCAUAUAAAUACUCUACUUUGGAAUUAUCUGAGACCUACUUUUAACUUACAUUUCUUGCAAGUGUCAUUAAGUUUCUUUUUAAAUUCCAUUUUACUAACAAUUUAUUAUUUCAGGUCCAUUAAUUUAUAAAAUUAACUUCACAAUGCCACAUGGACUCACAAAAUUUAACAAUGCAUGUUAAUAUAUAUGCUUUGCUCUGUAGUUGUAUGCAUAUAUUUCUUUGGGUAGCAGACAUGUAGUUCUGCAUUUAAUACAUUAUGAAGUGUAAACCUUUGCUUUGAUUUGUCAGUUUUGCAUGUACUAACUUUGCAUACUAACUGCUUGUGUAUAUAUCUUAAAAUUUACUUUUGAUUGUUACAAGUAUCUAUUUUGCAUGCCCAUGUAAACUCCAUGCAUAACUAGGAUGCUAGUAAACCAUUGCUUUUUUAACAUUUACUCCUUUUCAUUCAGUGUGUUAUAAUGCUAGUUAAAAAAUCAUGUUUUAACACCUAUCCUUGUUGUAGUCUGUGUUUCACAUAUUAUGCUAGCUAAAACCAUGUUUUUGCACAUAACGUUUUUCUUGUUUGUAUUUUGUAACAACCAUGCUAUCUUAAACAAGGUUUUAACACAUUUCCUGUUCCUAGUCUUUGUACAAAAACAUGCUUACUUAAUGUUUAAUGUUUCUAAAUAAUAAUAGUCUGUUCUGACAUAUUCAUUGUUUAUAGUUUUCUGUUAUUAUUUGGAAUUGGAUCUAAUAGAAAAAAUACCAAUUCCAGGUUCAUGUCUAGAUUCAUCCUGUUGUGGAACCCCUAUUGAAACACUGGUGACUGGUUUCCUAAAUGAAGAAAAUGCCAUGGAUAUUAGUUGAUAAGGGUCUGUAUUUGUUUUUGCAAUCACAUUUGGAAAAAAAGGUGAGUAGAGAGUCCUACUUUCCCUACUUUUAGGCUCUGAAAAUCCCUACUUUUCCCUA